CGAUCAAUGAAACGGAUUGUCAGCACAAAGGAAAAUUCUUCCAAAUGUAAACUUGCACUUAUUGGAAGGGUUGAUAUUGAAGACAUGGGGUAUGAAGGGAAUUGCAGUGGCAGUUUAGUGCAUAAAUCUUCCACCCGAGGAGUGCUGGUUCUGCUAGGGCUUCUGAGCACUGUUGGCGGUUGUCCUAUCUGCAGAUGCUACAGUAAUGCAACUGACUGUUCCGCUGUAGGCCUUGUCUCUUUGAGGCCCAUCCAAGAGCAGCUGGGUCUGGGCUCACUUGUGCUCAAUCUUUCUCAGAACAACCUGUCCUCCUUUGGAAGUUGUGACAUGUUAAAUCUAAGCAAUGUGGAGUUCCUAGAUCUGUCCCAUAAUCAUUUUUACAGCUUGAAAACUAGAGCUUUCCAAGGCCUUAGCAGCCUGCAAUGGUUAAAUCUCUCUUCCAACUACCUUGGAAUUGGUGAAGCCAGCCAGGAUCUCCCCAACAACACGGUGACUCGCAAAGACCUGAAUGGAAGUCUUGGAACAGUCGGUUUAUGGAAGGAGGUCUUCCAGGGAUUGUGGCAGCUGCAUGGGCUUGAUCUGUCCUCUAAUGGCCUCCUAUUGCUGCACAAGGGCUUGUUGGAUGGGCUUCAGAAGCUCACAUGGCUGUCCUUAGCUUACAACCGGCUAGUGACCCUGGACCGAGCCACAUUUGACCCCCUAAUGAACCUCCAGAAGCUCCAGCUGGCCGGAAACCCCUGGGAAUGUGACUGCAAACUGAUGGAUUUCAAACACUGGGUGGAGUGGUUAAUUUACAGGGAAGGACAGAUAGAUCGGAUGGAGUGCAGUUUCCCCAGGAACCUGAAAGGCAGGGAGAUCCGCAGCAUCCCAGCUGAGAUGUUCAGCUACUGUCAGAGUUCAACGAAGGAAGAUCCAUUGAAUCGUGCCACUAAGCCUCUCUGCCCACUUGGGCGGGUCAGUAGCAUUGAUAACUGUGUGCGGCAGCGACAUAGGUCAGUCAGUGUACGCAGGGCACAUGGCACACAAAUAGUUGCAGCAGUGGUGUGUGGCACAGUGUACAUCAUGAUGGUUGUUGCUGCAACUUAUGGCUGUGUCUAUGCCUCAUUUAUGGUAAGGCAUCAUAGAAAGAGGAAGAGCUGUGGGCAGUCUCUGAUAGCCAAGUAUGGAGCUGAGACAGAGCAGGAUGAUCAACAAGCUUCCUCUCUUAUCAAAUCAGAGGAGGGAACUAAAGAAGGCGAUGACUUUGAGCACGGCUAUCGAAUCAGCAGCUUCUGAAAAACACCACAGUUCACCCACCGUGCUAAAAAUCUGGCUACGGACUAAUCGUGAAUUUGCAGUUUAGACUGGAUGAGUCUGAAAAGCUGUGGCAUAUUUAAACUGCAUAGGUGCUCU